AUGUCAAGAAAACGAGAAGAUGAACCGUCGAUCGUUUCUAUAAGCUGCGAAAAAGUUUCUUCAUCAAAGGAAGAGAAUGAAGUGUCUUCUAAAGAACCAUCAGCAGUGAUGAAGCCUGCUCUGGCCGCCGCAACGGAGAAGCAAGUUUUCGUUUCUGAAUCGGGAUCGGAUUUGGAAAGUAAUUCCAAAUCGGGAUCCAAGAAGGUUGUGACGAAGCCUUCUGUCGCCGCCACAAAGGCGAAGGACGAGAGGUUUGAGACGAAGCCUUCUAACACUCCUACUGUCGCUGCCACAACGGAGAAGGAUUCCAAAAGUGAUUCCGAAUCUGAAUCCGAGAAGGUUGUGACUCUCGCUGCCACAACGGAAAAGGAUUCUGAUUCUGGCUCUCAAUCUGGAUCCGAAGAAGGUGCUUCCGAGUAUGAAUUCGUGAAGCUUGCGAGAACCAAGCGCCCUGUAAACGAAUCUUUUGUAAGAAAGCGCUCCCGCUCCAGUGAGUCAGACGAAGGAGGAGUGUCUUCUAAGAGGGUCAAGGUCAUGUCAGUGGAGAGGAAACCAUACUUCCAACGUCUAUGGACGGAAGAUGAUGAGAUGCUUGUUUUACAAGCUGUUAAGUCCAAUGGGAAGAAAUCCAAGAAUGGAAAGUCAACGGAUGUUGAGUCUUCUUCUCUUGUUGAAGCCUUAGUGGGUUUUGCAAACUAG